AUGUACGACGGGAAUUUGCCCGGACGGCGACGAGGACGGCUCGUUUACAUUCACGAUGACGAACUUGCCCAAGACUGGUACGCCGAAAACCAUCAAUACUUCCUCUACGUCCACUUUGUCGGAAUCAAAUCCCGUUUUGUCAACGGAUUCGUCUACGAUAAUACCCGUGCCUUCUCCGACAGUUUCCUCUAUUACUUCAGAAACAUCAGCAGGUUCGAAGACGCCCCUAGAGCUACAGGUAUUACUGUGUCGUCCUCAGUCGCUGGCGCAUCUCCAUCCAGUACUUCAUCCAACACUAGCAGUGCCUCAUCCUCAAACCUGGGCGCAAUCAUUGGCGGUGUUGUUGGAGGGGUUGCGGUUUUGGUCAUAUGUGCCAUUUUACUUUUCUUUUGCUGUCGCCGCAAGAGAAGAUAUGGGAAGCGGGAGAAUGGAUUAACUCUCGUCUCAUGGUACCCAUACCGAUUGACGCGGAAAGAUCGAGCAACUGCGUCCGAAAUGAAAGGGCCCCUAUCGCCAUCAGAUAGCGAAGCAAAUAACAUUGCAUUAACAAUAGAUCCAUCGAGUGUUGCCUCCCCAUUCACCGCGGAUAACACACUGGCAAGCACAACUCUCACCCCAGACCUAAUGGUAGUAUCAUCUUCAACAAGCCUUAUCUCACACUCGCCCCGGCAAACGUCUCCAGUCCCACCAACCAAAGCGCACACAAGCGAGCUCAUCGCUUCAGUUCCUUCUCGCCAAAGGUUUACCCCAGAGCUACAAGACACGGGCUUCCAUCGCCUGCGCGCCGAACUAGCCUCCCACUCACAGAGCGAGUUGAUCAACAUACCCAUCGAGCAACGACAGCGACAGCAAAAUCAUAUCAAAUCGAGGACUGGUCCACGGGCUUGGGAACCCCCUACCUUGGCGCCUAUAGCUAGUCAGCCUGCAAGCCUAAGAGGAACCGACAACAACGGCGGCCACAGCCACAGCAAUAGCAACGGCGGUAGUCCAGCGAGAAACCAAGCUGGACGGGUCAUCACUGCCGAGGGAGUUGUCCUAGGUGCGAAUCUGGAUCGAUACUCCAAUGGCAUGGAAAUAGGAGAGUCCCAGGCCCAGGGAGAAAGGGGAAGGAAAGUUGAGCGCGGUGAAACAGAUCAUGUUAUGAGUUUUAUGCAGUAUAGUGGGAGACCGGAAGAUCGGGGAUUGGGAAACGGGCUUGGAAUUGCAGCAAGUGACGAUAAUUCUAAUCCCCAGACACGUGGGAGAAGUGCGUCCAGGUCGAGACCUAAGCCUGCGGAGCGCAGUUUGGAGGACGAUAUUGUGGCCGCAGAGGGCAAUGCUGACGUCCCGCCUGCUUAUGAGGCGGAAGAUGGUGCCCCUGGGCACGACAUAAAGUCUCCAUCUGGAACGAUGGGUAUGAGCCUGAGUGGGGCUUGA